AUGAGGUCACGGAGAGGCACAGAGCGGAGCGCGCGCAGCAACGGCAAAGGCAACGGCAACACACACACACGCGCACACACAGACAGAGAGACAGAGAGAGAGAGAGAAGACAAAACAUGAGCUGUGCGACAGAGGCAGGAAACGUUUUAUUCACGCGGCCUUAAUUCGAGCGAAUUUCCGACGGACAACUCGUUUUUUUUUCACUUCUUUUCUAAAGGGAAGUGUGAGCUGAACGCAGUGCUCUUGUUCUUUUGCUGCUGGAUCUUUGUUGGAACAGGAAGAAAUUCCCCUGCUUGCGUAAGAGAAAAAAAACAGACCGAAAAGACUCCGGUGCAUGAGUCCGAGGAGGAAAGUUUUCCCGUCUGAAAAGCGAGAGAACUCGGCUGAGCCAUGCACGCGCUGUACAGCGUGGGGUAGCCGUGUCGUGUCCUGCGUUUGAGGGGAUUUCGGGGACGUGUGUAAAGUUUACCGGGGGUUCUUCUCAUGCGACAGAAGACGGACGGAUCCCGUCACGCGCUCUCUUAGAGCUAUUGUUCGCAAGCUUUUUUUUUCUUCUUUUUUUUUUGGCUGAGAGAUCCUGUGUUCCUAACAUCGGGCAAACGGGGAGACAACUUGGUUGGAUUUACGAUUACUUUGUUUUUGUCCCACGGUCUCUCCAUCAUCGGUCCCCGCCUUCAGGAUGCACGUUCUUAUGAAAUGCGCGUUGAUCUCGCGGCUCGCGCUGCUGCUGCUGUUGGUGAGCAGCAGCCGCGCGCUGUUGUGUUUGCCCUGUGACGAGUCCAAGUGCGAGGAGCCGAAGCAGUGUGUCGGCGCCGUGGUGCCCGGGAUCUGCGGCUGCUGCUCGGUGUGCGCCAAGCAGAAGAACGAGAGCUGCGGCGGUGUGUACGGCCUGUAUGGCACGUGCGACGCGGGGCUGCGGUGCGUGAUCAGACCCCCGCUCGACGGCGGCUCCAUCACGCAGUACGAAGUCGGAGUUUGCGAAGAUGAAAACUGGGAUGAUGACCAGCUCUUGGGAUUUGAACCAUGCAAUGAGAACCUGGUUACGGGCUGUAACAUAAUCGACGGGAGGUGUGAAUGUGACAGCGUACGAACAUGCAACAACCCAUUCGAGUUUGCCAGCGAGGAGGCUUGUCAGACAGCCCUGAAGAAGAUUGAAGAGGAGAGGCCUGACUGCUCCAAGGCCAGGUGUGAGGUACAGUUCUCUCCCCACUGUCCUGAAGACUCAGUGCUGAUUGAAGGUUAUGCCCCACCUGGCGAAUGCUGCCCUCUGCCCAGUCGCUGUGUGUGUAGUCCCGCUGGGUGUCUGAGAAAAGUCUGCCAACCUGGAUACCUCAACAUCCUCGUUUCCAAAAGCUCAGGCAAACCCGGAGAGUGCUGCGACCUAUACGAGUGCAAACCAGUUUUCAGCGUGGACUGCAGCACGGUGGAAUGUCCUCCCGUACAGCCCAUGCAGUGUCCUGUGGACAGCUACGAGACGCAGGUCAGGCUCACGGCAGACGGCUGCUGCACACUACCCACCAGGUGUGAGUGUUUGCCUGGUGUCUGCGCCUUCCCACAGUGCUCAGCAGGAACGCUGCCCCACUUGGUCUCCCGCGGUGACGGAACACCGGGACGGUGCUGUGAUGUGUACGAGUGUGUCAAUGAGACUAAGCCGGCAUGUAUCCUCGGUGGAGUGGAGUAUCGCGAUGGCGAGAUGUUCAGGAUGGACGCCUGCCAUUUCUGCCGCUGCCAGGGCGGUGUGUCGGUGUGUUUCACGGCACAGUGCGGCGCCCUCCACUGCGAACGCUACUAUGUACCAGAGGGAAAGUGCUGCCCCGUCUGUGAAGGUCCAAUCUUCCCCGCUCUGAAUUUCGCCGGCUGCUACGUGAACGGCCAGAUCUUGGCUCAUGGGGAUCACUGGCGGGAGGACGACUGCACGUUCUGUCAGUGUGUGAGCGGCGAAGCUCGCUGUGUAGCCGCUGCCUGCGGCCAUAACUGCCUCCACCCGGUCACGGUGCCUGGAGAAUGCUGUCCUGUGUGCGAGGAGCCCACCUAUAUCACCAUGGCGCCCCCUGGCUGCACCUUGCUGGAGAACUGCACGCUGACGGAAAAGGAUUGUGCGUUCGGCUUCCGGCUCGACUCGCACGGAUGCCGCACCUGCAACUGCAAAACAAGAGAGGAACUGUGCAGUGCUCUGAUCUCAGGCUGCAACUUGAAGUGCCCGCUCGGCUUCCAGAUAGAUGCCAACGGUUGCGCCACGUGUCAGUGCCGGCAUCGCCACAAGAAGUGCAAACCGGCGGUCUGCGCCAAGGACUGCCCCUUCGGCUUCGUUAAAAACAGGCAUGGCUGCGAUACAUGCCGCUGUAAAAAAUGUCCCGAACUUCCAUGUGACAAGUCCUGUCCGGUGGGCUUCCAGCAGGAUGAGCAGGGUUGUCUAAUUUGCCAGUGCAGAGACCACGGUUCUUCUCCCCUUGGGCCCUCCAAUAAGCUAGGCUCAUGUCUCUCUAUGGACGGUCGGAGACACGAGAACGGUCAAAGCUGGCACGACGGCUGCAGGGAGUGCUACUGCCAUGAUGGUAGAGAGAUGUGCGCCCUGAUCUCCUGCCCUGUGCCCAACUGUGACAACCCAAGCAUACGCGCCAGCCAGUGCUGUCCUUCCUGUCCAGAUGAGUCUGGCUCUCACAGGCCGGAGCUGAGCGAGGCGUCUGUGUGUCUCGCCCCGGGUGGAGAGUACUUUGUGGAAGGAGAGACGUGGAACAUUGACUCAUGUACGCAGUGCACCUGCCACAGCGGCCGCGUGCUAUGCGAGACCGAGGUGUGUCCUCCCCUGCUCUGCCAGAGCCCAGUCAGGACACAGGACUCCUGCUGCCCACACUGUCCAGACGAGCCGCUUACUCCGCUGGCCCCCAGCAACAACAGCAUGCCCAGCUACUGCCGCAAUGAGGAAGGGGACAUCUUCCUGGCAGCCGAGUCCUGGAAGCCCAACGUUUGCUCCAGCUGUGUGUGUGUGGAUGGAGUCAUCAGCUGUUUCUCAGAGUCCUGCCCUCCGGUCAACUGUGCCCGGCCUGUCCUGCGCAAGGGCCAGUGCUGCCCCUAUUGCCUAGAUGCCACACCGAGAGCUGUGUGCCACUUCAACGGGAAAACAUACGUGGAUGAGGAGCGCUGGGACAUUGACAGCUGCACACAUUGCUACUGCUUACAAGGACAGACUCUGUGCUCUACAGUCAGUUGCCCUGCCCUUCCCUGCCACCAGCCAAUCACGGUGGAGGGCAGCUGCUGCCCCUUGUGCCCAGAGACCGUUCCCACUAACAUACCCAUCGAGAAGACAGACCAGCAUGGAGACAGAUUAAAACAUCGACCUGCUUGGCCUACGCACAGCGAAAACGACAUCAUGCCCCAGUUUAGAGCAGGUGACUUUGGCAGCCUGCAGAUGCCGUCUUUGGAUGGGAAACCCCCGAUGCCCAGUGAGGACGCCAGCCUUCACUGGGCCUGGGUAGCAUUGCCUGUACUCAUGAUGGUGCUCGCUAUCACCACCCUGCUGCUGGUCAACCAGAGGAAGCAGUGGAUGCAUAUGCCUUGCUACCACACACCCUCUAAGCCCACGUGUCUGAAUAACCAGCUUGUGUACGUCGACUGCCAGAAAGGGACGAAGGUGCAGGUGGACAGCUCUCAGCGCAUGCUGCGUAUCGCUGACCCCGACUCGCGCUACAGUGGCUAUUACAGCAUGCAGAAACACAACAACCUGGAGGCGGACAACUUCUACCAGACUGCGUGAGCGAGAGCAUCCUGCGAUGAGUGAGAGAGAUUUAGAGAGAGAGAGAGAGAGAGAGAGACAGAGACUGGGAUCAGCCGCCAAACCUAGAGAGCACAUUAUCAAAGAACUAUUAUUAAAAAAGCUAGUAUCAUGGCUAAGAGAAUCCAGUGAUGGACAGCGCAACCAAGCAGGCAAAAAAAAAAAAAGAGAACAGAGUUGAGACCCUGAAAAAAACACAAUAAUCAUAAUACCCGCAUUAAUCGAACACCACUCCAAAAUGCACGCAAGACGACCAAAGGUCUCAUCAGGACGUGAUCACGUUGCCAAUUCAGUCACUGCAGGAGUGUAUUUAUUUGAAUGGGAAGUGCUGAGUGCAUUUCCUGGGAUAUUGUUGUGUAUGUUAUAAUGAGAAUGUGUGUGUGUGUGUGUGUGUCUGUGUUUGGAGGUUAUUGAGCUCAAACAUACAUAUUUGGGAUUAGGGCAGACUGGGGUGUUUUCAAAAGUGAUAUUUUUUGUGCAUUCCUGUUUUUUUUACACAGAAAAAAAAAGCUAUUUGAAAAGUUUUUGAAGAAAAAGAAAGAAAGAGAGAAAUAGAGACAUUCAAAUCAAGUACUUGGUGUAAAUGUUCAACCAAAGCUCCUCUUGGAGGGAUGAGUCUCCAUGGUAGAAAGGAUACUGGACUAUGUGGAAAAAACAUGAGAAGAGAAAGAGAAGGAUGAGGUGAUAAAGGCUUGAGAGAGAGCAGACCUGCUAAGACAUUUCCCUCUUAUUGUAGUGACAGGGCUCAACUCUUUUAGCCCCUUUAAAAGAAGAAUGGAGGACAACUGAGAAGGAAGCUCAGUGGAAAUUAGAUGUUCCUGCUUAGGUGUCGGUCUCUCUGCUUACAGUUAUAAGCUUUUGUUGUUGUUUUUUUUCACAUUACGUUUUCGUUUUUUGAUUCAUUUGAUUUGAUUCUAUGACAGAGCAAAUAGACGCUUUCUCACACUCCCAGCAACGAUAUACUUUGUGAGAAAGGGAGAAUAAAGGGUUGUUACAUGGGAUAAAUAUAAGAGGUAGUUAUACUGGUUUGAUGAGUCUGUGCUACAAGUGCUGCUUUUUUUGCUUUGAUUCUGUAGACCUUGUUUUUUCGAUGGGUUGAGCAGUAGUAUCAAUCGCAUCUCUGGGAAACACGCAAGGAAACGAAAUCAAACAACAUUGAAAGGACUUUUACUAACGGACUUUUGUUUAAGGCCAAAAAAAAAAAAAAGGCUCUUUAAUCAAUUACCCUUUUUUUCCUACAAAUUACGAAACAGCUUCCUAGUCUGGAAGCUUUAAAAUGCUGUCAAAGCACCUUUUGUUAAUCCUUGCUUGAAAGAAAGAAACUCUGCUUCCAAAUUGGCUUCAGAAUCCUACACACCUUAUAGGAACGUUUUCUGUACAUAUUAACGCUAUGAUGAAUAGACAUCAGAUAUUGUGAGUAUAUAUGUGUGUGUAUGUUUGUGUCUGCAUGUAUGUACGUGUGUGCUCACAAACGCACAUGCAUGCGCACAUUGACUCUGCUUCACCUGUAAAGUUCUCUGUUUCAUUUUUUCUUCUUGAAUGUAUUUAUGACUGAGUUUUUUAAAAAAAGAGAGGUUCCUGUCUACAGGAAUCUUAACACGACAGGCAUUCCACUGCCUAGCUUGUAUGAUAGUAAAUCGAAAGACGGACCCACAGAGAAGAAAAGGCAGAAAGAAAAAGACAAACAUCUCAUUCUAUUUGUUUCCUAUUUUGUCAUUUUGUUUUCCACUGGCUUUUCUGACUUCCUUCCUCUGUUUUGUUUCACGUAGUGUUUCGUUUCGUUUCGUUUUGAAUGGAGUGGUCCCGAACUGACCCAAUUCCAUAAUGUUUGAAACAAUCCCUCGUUGACUUGGCCAUCUUAAAUGAUAUCUUUAAGUAAAUGCAGGACUGCCAGAGCAUACUUGCCACCUUGCUAAGGUGCUAAUAGUGAUCAGGAUUGUCAGCAACAUCUGGUAAAGGCGUUUGGUGCCAUGUGUAUGAGUGCCAUACAUAACAUACAUGGACCCAACCCAUUUCUUUGCGGCGUGUGGCAGGAAACCAGAACCCCUGAGGAACCCCACCAAGCAUGGGGAAAACAGGCAAACUCCAUGCAAGAUUAGGUUAUUAGGUGUUUUCAAAUUCAAAACUGUAGUAUGUGAGUGAGUGAGUAAAUGCAAUCGACUGGCACACUGUCCAAGGUGUACCCUGCCUCAUGCCCUGAAUCCUGUGGGAUAGGCUUCAGGCCCCCUUCAGCCCUGUACAGGAUAGAGAAUGAAUGCGUGAGCGAGAGUGAACCCAACGCAGUUACUGAAAGCAGUUCUGACCAACAAUGCAUGCAGUUCAGUGACUGAUGUGGUCAUAAUGAAGGCUGAAAACUGGACAACGCUAUAUCUGCAUCUGCUUGUUUUAGGGGGUUCAACGGACAAGUCUUUGGCCGUUUCUGUUUUUGCUGCAACAACACAGCAAAUGAACCUAUCGUUCUUAAUGUAUCAGUAGUUGUGUCUGUUGUUAAUGUUUUUGUAAAAGAAGAAAAAUGGUCAGCUGUUUUUAUCUACACUAUGAACUCCAAGUAAUGCUCCUGGUAUGAUUUCACAGUUAAGCUUUGUCCACAUACUUUGGGUAAUGGUCAUUCCAAUACCAUCCAGGCCUGGCAGAACAAACUGUCAUGGUAUGACAAUCAUGAAAUGCUAAAAAUUCCACCACUAGAAUUACCAUCACCCAUGUUCUCCAGAUAAGAAUUAAAAAGAUAACAAGUGUGACAUAGCAGGGCUGUUUUGCAUACUCAACUGGGGUCACAGUCACAAGGUGCCUAGUUUGCUAUUGGUACAUGGCAAGUAACCAAGCACAUGGAAAUGCACCACUAGUUCAGAAAGAACUAUCUCUGGCAGUCUGGAGUGUAUGUAAGUAUAACAUUAUGGUUGAUCAGCAGUGUUUAAAUAGGCUGUUGUGGUAGUCAGAUAAUCAGUCUAUACAUGACAAUGUGUUUAAUAACAGCGGUUUUCUCCACUCUUACUUGGCAAGCUAUUAUGCCUAUACACAGUUUGGAGGAAAGUGGCCAUGUAAAUCGCUUAAACAGCACGUUGCUCCCUGUCAAGGACAAGUGCAUUUUAAUUAAAAGAUAUACUUCUUGUUAUACCCUCCAACCCUUGUGCUACAAGUGAGCACUCGUAUACACUCCAGAUUCAAGUCAACGAGGGUGUGUUGAAAACAGUUUUGGACUGCAGGUCAUGUCUUUAUGCUCGUUUUUUGCUCUCUAUUGAUCACACAGUGUGAGCUGUUGGUUUACAGCUCCAUUGUUUUCUCGGUCGCAGGCCCCUGCAGGCAUCAGAACUACUGGAACUUUGGCACACAAGUUGAAUUCCAAACAAGACCCCUUGUUAGGCACUAGACAGGGUGCAAAGCCAAUGGUUCAUAACCAAUGCAGUUACGGGGUGAAACAGGAUUGAACCAUGAGCUGUUGAAAAUAGAGGCAGGAGCAGGACUGUAGGGCUAGUUCUUGUUAGUUGUGUCAAAACUAUCUUGUCUUAUAAUGUUUGUGGAACUAUACUUUUGGCACUUUUGUAUAGUUUAAUGAGUAACCUCUGUUUUUUUUUUCUUUUUCUUAACAAAUGCUUUUCAUGGAAAAAGUUGAAAAGUAGCCCUUUUGUGUUCUUAAAACCUUGCGGGACCCUUUAUAGUGCAGUGAUGCGCAAUGAGUAUAAAUACAUCAGUCAAACAUUACAUUAAAACCACUAGCAGCAGAAGAAAUGAACAUGGAUUAUUUUGUUACAGUGGCACCUAUUAUACAGUAUAUCAGGCAGAGAUUGAAUAGUCUGUUCUCUAAUUUGAUGUCUUCAAAGCAGGAAAAAUGGGUAAGCAAGACCUCUGAGCAAGUAAGGCCUGAGUAACUCUGACACGGGCCAAAUUGCAAUGACUAGAUGACUGGGUCUUCAAAGUGGCAGAUCUUGCAGGGUGUUCCUUGUAUUAGGCGUACCAGACUUGGUCAAAGGAAGGACAACUUGCCGAGAGUCAGAUUGAUGCAACCUAAAUUUCUAGGUGGUGAUUUGGCCUUUAAAUCUUCCAGAAUUCAUCUUGAAUCCCAUCUGUGGGAUGUAGUGGACAAACAUGUCAGAUCCAUUGAGGCCACACCUCUCAUCUUACGAUUAGGCCCCAGAUACCACAGCACACCUUCAGAGGUACAGGUCAUGCUGUUACCAGGUGUUACCAGGGGGCGCUACACAAUACUGGGCAGGUGGAUUUUAUGUUAUGGCUGUUAUACACCAGAGGGUACCACAGGGGAAAUUGACACUUUUUAGGAAAAUGUCUUAAAAUUUUUUUGCAUAUAUUCUUAAAAUUCAUAUUGCAUUUGGACUGGCGGCGCAAUUUCUGUAUAUGCACAGCACCAGAUAUGUUGUAUGAGAUGAGAGAUCUUAAUUUGGAGUGACGACUUUAUACGAAGAAAUGACAAUCAUUUAGAGGAUGUUUAGUACAUAAUGUAAGUGUACAUUUUGUUAAAAUGUGUUAAUUUCCCUUAUGUUUGAAUACUGUAUUAUACACACUAGCUCUCAGUUUUUAUGGAAGCAUGUGAACAUAUUUGUAGCGGUAGCAUGAUGGGGCACUUAGAUAAGGGGGGGAAAUGGGAAUAUUUCCUUUUUAUCUUUAGAGAGUAAGUUAGCACUGUAAACCUGCUUCCCUCUGGUGAAGUCACAAAGCCUCUCUUCACUGUGUAAACGCCGCAGCUUAUUGAACAUUCUGGCUCACAGUCACGGCAAGUGAAGAGACUCGAAGUAAACAAGUAGUGGAACAGAGUGAUGUAAACAAUUGUUUUGUAGAAAAAGCUCGAUAUGCAACUUCAUUUUAAGUUUAAACCUAACACUGCCUGUUACAAAGCAAAAAUUUUAAUUAAGUGCUCCUGGACAACAGGUUGUAGCUGCACCCAGGGUUAAAUGUUGAGUUUUGGAUGUGGCGUUAUCUAGAGCAGCAUUAUUACUCUUCCAACAGCUCUGCAUGUUCAAAGGGUCUCGCAGGAUCUUUUAUUUUUAUGUAUUUUUUUUCAGUGCAUCCUCCAAGUAUUGUUGUAAAUACUUGAGUAUCACUCGCCAAAACAAAAUUAAAAUAUAAAAAAAAAAGACAAAAAAGCUUGGAAAGCGGUUAAAAUGAAAAGAUUUAAUUUAUUGUUUUAAAUACCUUAGUAAUUUAUUAACAAGCAGAACAAUUGAGCAUAUAGGAAUUUGAAUCGAACGACACAGCUGAAAUCGUGCGACAGUUUUGGUGUUGUCUUGGUCUCUCAAAGGAUUUAAGGAUGGUUAGAUUUGAUGAUACAGGGCACACUUUAUCCUCAACUGUUAGGCUGUUUUUCCCCUCCUCCCUAUUUUAUUUCCUUUCCUGGAAUACUGCUCUUUCCGAUUUGGAACAGCAGGCAGGCCUGGUCCUGUGUUCCAGUAAGUAAGCUGAAUACAUUUGGAGACAUUUCUCUCCUGAUAUCUUCCUUUCUGCUCAGUCUGUCCACAGAAAACACACACAGAGACUUUUUUUUAACUUUGUAUACUACUGGUGUUGUAUGCUCAUGUAAAAAAAAAAAGAACAAAAAAAAAAGUAAGAAUUGUCAAUCUUGGUAAUGAUAUUGCAGAUUUCUAAAGAGGGUAGAUGAAGAUUUGACUCAGAAUUCCCGUAGCACAGCAGAUCUUUUCAAUUUCUUGUAUUAUUUUGUUUGUUUCUUCGCAGCACAAUAAAUAAUUUUUAAAUA